GAACGAAUGACCUGGGGGUCCCAGGAAAAUUGGAGAAGAGUUUAAGAGUUUGGUUAAACGAGAUGGGAAGUAGGGGUGUAGAUAAUUGGAGGAGGAUUUGAAGGGUGGGAACCCAGUCUGUGUUCUUGGCUAAGGAGCCUCUGGGCUGAAACCCUCUUUAAAUUUCGUUUUCUCCGUUUUUCUUGGCGCAAGUCUCUGGCUGGUGCAGAGCUUCCUCUUGUGACUCGUAGUAGAUUCCAGAAUCUUCCGCUCUUGAGCCAGGUGCAGGGAGACCAUGCCGAGACUCAGGAAGAGGCUGAAUGGGACUGCUGGGCAAGACAAGAAGGGACCAGCAGGAAAGCGUACCAAGACUAAGAACCCUGGUGAGGCACCAGCUACAGUGGAGAGACCCAGCCCUCGGGAGACUUCAGCUCUUAAAAAAUGUGGGGACAAUGUAAGCAGCUACUGGCUGAUGAAGUCAGAGCCUGAAAGCCGCCUAGAGAAAGGUGUGGAUGUGAAGUUCAGCAUCGAGGAUCUCAAAGCGGAGCCCAAGCAGACAGCAUGCUGGGAUGGCGUUCGCAACUAUCAGGCCCGGAACUUCCUGAGAGCCAUGAAGCUGGGGCAGGAAGCCUUCUUCUACCACAGUAACUGCAAAGAGCCAGGCAUCGCGGGACUUGUGAAGAUUGUGAAGGAGGCUUACCCAGACCACACACAGUUUGAGAAAAGCAACCCCCAUUAUGAUCCAUCCAGCAAAAAAGACAACCCCAAAUGGUCCAUGGUGGAUGUCCAGUUCGUGCGGAUGCUGAAGCGCUUCAUUCCCCUGGCCGAGCUCCGAACCCAUCACCAGGUUCACAAGGCCUCUGGCGGGCCCCUACAGCACAUGGCACUCUUCACUCUGCAGAGGCUCUCAGUGCAGCCCCUGACCCGAGGUACGACGGGCCCUGUCCUCCGUCACUGCCCACCAGAGUGGCGCUGGCAACUCGCAUUUGCUAAGUGAUCAGACUUGGGCACAGUACUUCCCCUGCGUCUGUCCUCACCUUGACUGUCCCUGCGGGAGGAGUGUGUCCUGAGUCGCCCGUCACUGUACUCCGGGCCCAGCAGUGCUCGGCAGAGUGAAGCACUCCCUAAGUGGUUUUUGACUAACGCGAGCGAUGCUUAGCUUAGCUUUCCCAUUCAAGAGGAGACCCGAGACCUAAUUCUUCCUUUCCUUUCCCCUUUUGGUAGAGGAGUUUGAUUUUAUUUUGAGCCUGGAGGAAAAGGAACCGAGUUAGCCGAGAUACCUGCUAGAAUGGGCAAGACAUGACUCUGACGACAAACAGGACGUGAGGCUUCUUAUGUUCGUCUGCGGCUGUGUACAUGGGUGGGUUUUCUGUACUUUUCUCAAUAAAUAAAACACUAAAUGUCAGA